CUCGAUCAUGUGACCAAGACUUACUCGUGUCCUUUGAACCGUUUGUGGUGACAGUGAGGAUAGGUGCUGGUCGGUAGUUUUUUUAUUUUAUUUAUUUAGUUUGAUUUCAUUUUUAAUAUUAUUGUCUCCCUCCCAGGAGCUAUAAAGAUCCAGAAAAUGAGCACUAUGUUCGCAGACACCAUCCUGAUCGUCUUCAUAUCCGUGUGCACGGCUCUGCUAGCCGAAGGUAUCACAUGGGUGCUUGUCUACAGAACGGAUAAGUACAAAAGACUAAAGGCAGAGGUGGAGAAGCAGAGUAAAAAGUUGGAGAAAAAAAAGGAGACGAUCACAGAGUCUGCUGGACGUCAGCAGAAGAAGAAAAUCGAGAGACAGGAGGAAAAGCUAAAGAACAACAACAGGGAUUUAUCCAUGGUACGUAUGAAGUCCAUGUUCGCCAUCGGCUUCUGCUUUACAGCCCUGAUGGGGAUGUUCAACUCCAUCUUUGAUGGGAGGGUUGUGGCCAAGCUUCCAUUCGUCCCCUUGUCAUACAUCCAGGGCCUGUCUCACCGCAACCUGCUAGGCGAGGACUAUACAGACUGUUCUUUCAUAUUCCUGUAUAUCCUGUGCACCAUGUCCAUCAGACAGAAUAUCCAGAAGAUGCUGGGUCUGGCCCCAUCUCGCGCAGCCACCAAACAGGCGGGCGGCUUCCUCGGCCCACCGCCCCAAGCUGCUAAGUUUUCCUAAAGGCCUUUGGCAGCUUUUGGUCUCGUCGGCAUGACGACGUCUGAUGAAGCUCAGAAUGCCCGUUCACCCUUCCGGAAUGUCCUUACUGGAGGUGCAGCAUUUACGAUCACAAGCCACACCAGCUGUGGGCGUUUCUAGUUUUCAUUUGUGUAACUUAUUUACAAGUGCUCUUGCCUCUCGUAUCAAGGUGGACUCAUUUUUGUGUAAUCAUUGGACAUACUUUCUCAGAGGAUGGAGAUUGGGAUAGACAGCUCUCUGGAGCCAACAUCUACUUAUACAAACCAGUGCUGUAAUUAGGUUAAAAGCACGUCAUUUGCUGGUAGAUUUUUGCAGGCUGAGUCUCAUCUGCGUUGUCUGGAGAAAAGCCUAAGUAUUUGUUGUGUGUUUUUUAAUCUUCUGGAAUUCUUCAGUCACAUGGUAGCGCAGAAAGAAAUGAGAGCAAUAAUAAAAACAAUCAGAUCA